AUGCCUUGGUUUGAUUACUAUUUUGUACUUGAUGUUGAUGUGACAUCAACAAAAACAUUCAGUGUCAAUAAUUUUCUUACGAAUUUUAUUUAUCCAUCAUCGUCGUGGGCAGCUAUGACCGCUUCUCAAACAGAUUGGUAUUAUGAUGCAUGGGCAUUACGAUCGUGGCCAACAAUAACCUACGAUUUUUGGGAGCAAGCACGGCAAGCAUCAUUCUUUUCAAUCUCUUGGCAAUGGGCAAUUAAAAGAUCUGUCGUUAUGCACAAUAAACCAAUUCCACGUAAUCAUCCAUUGAUCGAAGUUCAAUCAGCUUUUGGAGGAGCAGCCAUCUAUGCUGCUCAAUAUUUGACUAAAGAAUGCGUUUAUAAUGGCUGGAUGGAUCAUGGAUGGUGGUUUAGUCGAGAGCAAUGCGAACACGUCUCAUUUAAUCAAUGUGUUCGACGAAACGCAGGCGGAGGGAAAUUUUUUAUUAAUCCACAGUUUCAAAAUGUGUGA